GUGGUCACACUAAUCAGCUGGAUAAUUUCUUACAAUUGGGGAGAUGUUUUAAAAAAUUAAUAUUUCCAACAAAAGCUUAACAAUGGAAAUACCAGACACAUUUUACAGUAAAGAUGAAUAUGUGGAGACUGCCUCUGGAAACAAAGUGAGUCGUCACACGGUUUUAUGUGGCUCCCAGAAUAUUGUGCUUAAUGGCAAGGUGAUCGUCCAGAGCGGCGCUAUAAUUCGCGGAGACCUGGCUAACGUGCGGGCCGGUAGAUACUGUGUAAUUGGCAAGGACUCAGUAAUCCGUCCUCCGUACAAACAAUUCAGCAAGGGCAUAGCCUUCUUUCCGAUGCACAUUGGCGACCAUGUCUUUAUCGGCGAGGGCGCUGUCGUCUCAGCAGCCUCCAUAGGAUCCUGUGUGUACAUUGGGAAGAAUGCCAUUAUUGGCCGUCGGUGCAUACUGAAAGACUGCUGUGUGAUUGAGGACGGCGCUGUGCUACCCCCAGAGACGACUGUGGCCAGUUACAUGCGUUACACGGUCAAGGGAACCAUCGAGGGCGCCCAGGGAAAUCCGUACUUUGUGCCCGCCGCCAUGCAGGAUGAGAUGGUCAACUACACAAAGUCUUUCUACGAGCAUUUUGUGCGCACGCCGGCAGCAGCCAGCUGAUUAACUAAUUAUUAAUAAAUUAAACCUUAUUUAUAAAAUAA